CUGCAGCUGACCCACCAUGGCCGCGUCUCAGGUCAGAGACUUCCUCGUUACCUAUUUAAUGCCGGAAAAAUGCUACGACGAGAUCUUCGUCCGCUUCCACUUCCACGUGCCUUGUCUAAAGUUUGCACUGAACAGAAUUGUCAGCUUUUGGAUCAUUUUGGACACAUUCCUGGCUCAGCUGCCUCAGCUGCUGAAGAUAUUAUGGAGAGGAAGUGCAGAAGGCAUCAGCCUCUUCUCAGUGCUGCUACAGCUUUAUGCGUUCUCAUGUCCUGUUGUUUACGCCGUGGCCCACAAUUUCCCGCUCUUUGCAUGGGCGGAACGAGUCCUCAUGUUGGUUCAGACUGCUGCGAUAGUCCUCCUCAUCCUGUACCAUCGUGGUGAAACCCUCAAAGGGUUGCUGCUCCUGGUAGGUUUUGGCGGCGUGAUGUUCCUCCUCAGCUCUUAUGCACCUGCAGCCAUCGUCUCUGCCAUGCAUGACUCCAGCUUGGCAGCAUUAAUCGCAAGCAAGGCUCUUCAGGCUCUAACGAACCACCGUAACGGCCACACCGGUCAGCUUUCCACCGUGUCGGUGUUCCUGUCGUGUGCAGGGUCUCUGGGAGUCGCCUUCGUUUCUCUGCAGGACUCUAUUUACUCCGUCACCAGCCUGUCACUCACACUGUCUGCCUCUCUCAGCUGUGUGCUCCUGGCUCAGGUCAUCUGCAGCAGCAGCAGCUUCGCCACAGAUGCAAAGAAGAAAGAGUAGAGGUCGAUCAGGAAGCCAUCAUGUUACAUGAAAAUGAGCUGGAACCUGUCAAAAUACCCAGCGAUAUUAAAACUUUUAACAUGUUUACAUACUAUUAAAUAACAAGCGAAUGUUUGAAUGAGUUUUCAAAAUCACUGCGUUUGUAAAUACUACUUUAAUAUCCAUUUAUUCUGUCAAUGUAAAACUAAGCAGUAAAGAGACCUUUGAUGCUCUAUAGUAGAGAUGUAGGUCAGGAGUACUUCAGUCCAGGGAGAAGUGGUUUCAUUCUCAGGUUUGAUUGUUCUGUUAAUAUUGAUCCAGCUGUGUCAGUCUGAACGCUAUGAAUGAGAUCUAACUCACUGAGUAAACUUUAAAGCCAUCGAGGCCUGAAAAUGGCUCUGAAUGAGGUCAAGGAGCAGGUAGGAGCUGGACGUUAUCCCCUCCUCCGCUGGUGGAUUUGUUUGUGACGCAUCAGUGUCGGGUCGGAUCGGGUCAACCGUUUCCACAGCUGAUUGUGGAUUUUGUUCAUAAUGAUACUUUGAUUUCUUUUAGUUACAGGAUAACUGGGACAUUCAUGUGUGUGUAUGUGUGCGGAUUCACCGGUGUGUGUGUGUGAGGUGUCACGCGUUUGCUUUCUAAAAAAGAUUCUCACAAGUUCACGGUUCACGGAUUUUUCCAGCAACAGCUUGUUUCCUGUAAACAUUUACAGCUGGAAGCUGAAGAGUGUUCACACAAUUCACAUCAGCUCCAAAUAUUUCCAGUAAGCACGAACACAGUGUCCAGUGUUACGCAUUAACACCUUAACCUGUCGCGUUCAAGUGGAUUCUCUAUUCAUAUCUUCGAGGUUUCUUUUUGGAUCUGCAGCGCAUCGUCUUUCUGAUGUUAAUUAUUUGAAUACACUGGCGCGUGUGUGUGUAUUCUGCGUCGUGACUCGGUUUAAUUCAGUUCACUGCUAGUUGUUUUGAUCGUGAGGCGAACACGCCUGAGGCUCGGUCAUCAUGGCUCAGCUAGCAUUACACACACACACACACACCAAACUGUGACCACAGCUAACCCAUCUCAGCCUCUGUAUGAAUUUUU